ACCCCUUCCCGCCUGGCCCCUCUCUUUCCCUCUCUCCAUGAGAAGAUGAACAGAUAUCUUCUCACACCCUACCCCCUUUCUUUCUAUCAACCUCAAACUAGACCAGACCAUUGUCUCUCUGCCCUUUCCCUCUCACAACGACAGACCAGUGAAUAGGCGAUACCCAUCUCUUUGCGACACAACACAUGCAGCAUUUGCCACAUAGCAUGUUGGCGUCUCGCUCUCUCUCGCUGGGAACCACCACAUGCAGCCAUUACAGUUGGUGCUUUGUUUGUGGAGAACCGCAACAAGCCACCGCCAUCUUCGGUGCUCAACCGAGCAAACAUAGUAGAGGAAGAUGUAGCGAGGGGCCAUGGGAGUGUUGCCUUUGUGGCUCGCGGUUAUGCACAUUUGGAUUGCUAGGGUUUAUCGAAUAACGAGCAAGUAGAUCUAGGAUGAUUUGGGAUUUCUAUUUUUUCCUUCUGGAUUGACUGUAGAAGUUAAGGAUUUUGAGUUUUUGUGUGUGAUGAUUGCAAAUCGAUUCUUGGAUUGUUUGGGAUAAUUGCAAAAUAGAAGAAACAGUCAAUUAAAUGAUUUCAGUGCUGAAGUAUUUUUCCUUUAGAGUUUGGAUUUGAUAUCAAGAUUUUGAGGAAUUUUUAUGGUUCUUACCAUGAUUUUUCAGGAUGUUAAGAAACUAUCUUUGAAUAGUUGAACUUUUUUUUUUUUUUUUUUAAGUUUUUAAAAAUAUAUUCAAUGUUUACCAAACAAUUUAGGGGUGGUUUGUUAAAACCAGAAAUAAUAAUUAGAAACCAAAAACUUGAAACAUGUUUGGUCAAUAUUUACAAAAAUUAAAAUAAAUUAAAAACUUAAUUUAAGAAAUGCUCAUUUUUAUUUUUAAAUCAAAUAAUAUUAUAAAAAUAUAUAUUAAAAUAAUAGGAUUGCAAAAUAAAAAUUAUAAUAAUUAUUUUAUUUAAUUGUUAUAUUUGUAAAAUUUACUUUACAAUAAAAUUUUUAUUAGACAUAACAACCUGAAAAAAUGUAAAAAUAUUUUGUAAUUAGAUUUAUUAUUAUUAUUUAAAAUUUAUAUGUGCAUUAGUUUUAAUUAUAUGUAAAUUCAUAUAAUCAUUUCAUUUUAAUGUUAAUUAGGAAGUGUAUAAAUUGAAUGAUUUAAUUCAAAAGUACUAUUUUAGAAUAUUAAAAUUUCUGUCUCUUGCGUCAGCCCUUCCCACGUGUCACAAAUGACCUACAAAUAGGUUGUUAAAACAAUUGAAAAUCAUAAAAUUUUAUUUUCACUUUUUCACAAAUAGAAAUAUACUUAAAAUUUAGAGCUUAAUGCUUAAUUUUAUCAAAUAAUUUCUCACGCUUUGUUUUGAUGAGUGUUUAUUUGAUGCGAUAUUGUUUCACUAAAUUUGUAUAAUCUAUUUAUUCAUUAUUGAGAAAUAGAAAUAGAUUAAAAUAAUAAUAAUAAUGUAAAAAAAUCUUAAAUUUUCAAAGAAGAAAAAUUCAAUGAUUGGAAGUAUAAAUUUUGAAUAUUAAAUUUAAAUUUAAAUUAAUUUUUAUAAAUUUUAAUAUAAUUUUAUAUUACACCUUAUUUAAAUUCAUAAUACAUUUAAAUAUAAAAUCGGUAGUUCUGGUUCGCAAAUUCACUACUAUAUUUAAAAUUCAGCGCCUAAUGCUUAAUUCCAAAAAACCAAACCCCCCCCCCCCCCCCCCCCCCCCCCCAAAAAAAAAACUUCUUUCCGGUGAGCACGUCUUUGAUCCGUCACUGUUCCACUGGAUCUCGAUCCCUCAUCUCUUCUCUUCCGCGAUUUGUUUCCCAACAACAGUGAUGGGAAUGAGCUGCUGAUCUUUGCAGUGGUCUUCACCCAUGACCAAGUUUAUUUUGCAUUUAAGUAUUCGUUUUCCAGUUUGGGAUCUCUGACACUUCAGCUUGGAUUUCUGGUGUUACAAGAGAUUGUUUUCCUGGUUAAGAAAAUGGUUUAUCACUCUAGUUUUGUUGGCGAGGAAGGAAUUACUAAAGCUUGUGGAUGCCCUCUACUUCCUUUAAAAAGCCAUAUAAAAGGCCCUGCUCCAGUUUCUAAGCAAGAUAGAACUGAUAUUGUUGAUGAGGCAAUCACAUUCUUCCGCGCCAAUGUCUUCUUCAGAAACUUUGAUAUCAAGAGCUCAGCUGAUAAGCUUCUUAUCUAUCUGACAUUCUAUAUCAAUGUGGCUUUGAAGAGGUUAGAGGGUUGCCGGACUUUGGCUGAAGGGACUAAGGCAAUUAUUAAUUUGGGUCUGGAAAACGUUCCUGUGCCUGGAGAGUCAGGUUUUCCCUUUCCAGGCCUUUUUGGUCUUCCUCAGUCUUCACAGGAAGCAGAGCUGUUCAGGAAUUAUCUGAAGCAGAUAAGGGAGGAAACAAGUGGGAGGCUAUUGAGUGUGGCAUACAGACCAAAUGGUACUCCAAAUAAGUGGUGGUUGGCAUUUGCCAAGAGGAAGUUUAUGAACAUAAUUAUUCCGUAGAACAGUUUAUUGCAAAGAAAACUGCCAUUUUAAACUGCUGAUUAACUUGAUUGUGACAAAGUUGUGAACGAAAGCUAGUUUCCUUGUAGACCCCUAAACACAAAAAAAAAAAAAAAAAAGAGGAAAAAAGAGAACUUGUGCUACUCACACCUUGGCAUUGAAGAAACAUGUAGAAAUGAUUGAUGUAGGAGCAUAAAGCAACCUUAUGUAACUAUUACACUGUUCUAUGAAAUUAAUGAUUUCAUUUUCUUUUGAUAGAAGCUUGUAAUUUCACAUAUUUAUGUAUUUUUCAUUAAGGUGAAACCAUUUGAGUUGAGUUGUA